AUGAGCAUUCUUCAGAACGUACUGGCUACUAUUAAGAAGCUUGAUGAGUGCACAAUUGCCAUUGAAGACAACCACAUUUAUAUCCUUGCUAGCACUCCCAGAUAUAUUAUUUCGGCUUCAACACCUAUACCAGCUACCGGUUCUGGUCUUAAACACGUCUAUGCAACCAGCGACUUGCUUGAGGCCAUCAAACAGUGCACCCGUAUAUCUGAGGUUUCCGGCACUCUCAAUUUCUACGAAGAAGUGCCCGGCUAUACCACCAAAGCCACCAUCCAGCCCAAAAUCCAUCCACCAAUUCCAGCUCUACCAACUCUCACGUACACAACCACCAUUCAUCUCUCGCCAGAUACACUCAAAAGAAUCCUUCCUCUUCUCAAAGAAACCGAAGUCUCUCUCUAUCUAGCCGAAGGCAUUCUCUAUCUAACUGCAGCCACUCCCGAAAGCGACGAUAUUCUCAAAAUCACAGAUAUAACCAUUCUUAAAGAGGGCACAGACAAAGUCACCAUUCCCUUUGCCCUUCUCAAACUUCCUCUCCCCCUCCUCCCAGACUGCCAGCAAGUCUAUUUCAUGUAUAACUCAACCCACUUUGCCCUCUUUCUUGCUAUUACUCCAACUACACCCACCACAUCCAACCAAUCUCCAGCCAAUGACUCACACUACACCAUUCUCACCACCUCCCUCUCCGCAUAG